AUGAUCGAUGACAAUCAGCGUUUGAAGGUGAGAAGCUGGAGGGCACCCGCGAUUAACCACACCUCGAAAGAAGCUCUCGCUGUGACUACCGAGCCAAACUCUCGCAACCGCCGGCCGCAAAGUAACGAUGCUGACUUCGUAGGGCGGCUCAGGGUAGUGGACGAUGCGAGCCAUUCAAACAAGAAACCACGCAACCAUGCCGCCCGUGGACGCCACAGGCACUACAUUGCCGAGAGCCUUUCCAGCAUCAGCAGCAGGACCGAACCGGCGGCAGUGCUCUUAUCGCUGGAGACUCUCGCCGCCAUAUCAUAA